UGGAUACUUGCAUUCUUCCAGUAAUUCAGCUGGGUCCUUCAAUCACAUAUUACCUUUGUCCACAAUGGAAACCUCUUGAGAUUCACAGGACUCUUGAGCUAAACAUUACUCAUCUUUUUAUUUUUUCUACCCCAGGAGACCCAGGCGAACCACCUGAAGAAGACCCAGGUGAACCACCUGAAGAAGACGGAAGGCGACACACUAGGGAAGCUGAAGACCCAGAAGAACCAGAAGACCACCUGAAGGAGAACCAGGCGAACCACCUGAAGGAGAACCAGGCGAACCACCUGAAGGAGAACCAGGCGAACCACCUGAAGGCGAACCACCUGAAGGAGAACCAGGCGAACCACCUGAAGGAGACCCAGGUGAACCACCUGAAGAAGACGGAAGGCGACACACUAGGGAAGCUGAAGACCCAGAAGAACCAGAAGAACCACCUGAAGCCCCAGAAGAACCAGGCGAACCACCUGAAGGAGACCCAGGCGAACCACCUGAAGGAGACCCAGGCGAACCACCUGAAGAACCCCCAAGCAAACCACCUGGUAAACCACUUCAUAGGCAACCAUUUGGCCGACCUCAGGCACUUCGUAGGCAACCAUUUGGCCGACCUCAGGCACUUCGUAGGCAACCAUUUGGCCGACCUCAGGGGACUGAAUAAGAAGAUGGAUAUGAGGCUGGCAUCAUGAAAAUCCUUCAGUAACCUAGGAUAAUGGAAACUGAAAACAUCUUGACUCCCCUCAUUCCUGUAUUUAAAACACAAAUAAACUAAUCAGCAUCCAC